AUGUCCGAUCCCACCAAGAUCAGUAUCUUGGGCCGGGAGAGCAUUGUCGCUGAUUUCGGUCUUUGGCGCAAUUAUGUCGCCAAGGACUUGAUCAGUGAAUUGCCCUCCACCACCUACGUCCUCAUCACAGAUACCAACCUCGGACCUUCGAGGAGGCCGCCGCCUCCAUCUCCCCCCGCCCCCCGACUCCUCGUCCACAAUGCCGCACCCGGCGAGAGCUCCAAGUCCCGCCAGACCAAGGCCGACAUCGAAGAUUGGAUGCUGACCCAGAACCCACCAUGUGGCAGAGAUACUGUGGUGAUUGCUCUGGGUGGUGGAGUCAUUGGUGACUUGACCGGCUUUGUCGCGGCAACCUACAUGCGUGGUGUGCGCUAUGUGCAGGUCCCCACCACUUUGUUGGCCAUGGUCGACUCUUCCAUCGGAGGAAAGACUGCCAUUGACACCCCGCAUGGCAAGAACCUCAUCGGUUCCAUCUGGCAGCCGUCGAGAAUCUACAUUGAUCUCGAAUUCCUCGAGACCCUGCCCGUCCGGGAGUUCAUCAACGGAAUGGCCGAGGUCAUCAAGACCGCCGCCAUCUCCAGCGAGGAGGAGUUCACUGCUCUGGAAACCAAUGCGGACGUUAUCCUGGCUGCGGCGCGCAGUGUCGUCAAGCCCGGUCAGGGCCGCUUCGAUGGAAUCCGCGAUAUCCUGAAGGCCCGAAUCCUGGCUUCCGCCCGCCAUAAAGCCUUUGUUGUCUCUGCUGAUGAGCGCGAGGGUGGUCUUCGCAACCUGCUGAACUGGGGACACUCCAUUGGACACGCUAUCGAGGCUAUUCUUACUCCUCAGAUCCUCCACGGCGAGUGUGUCGCGAUCGGCAUGGUCAAGGAGGCUGAGCUCGCGCGUCACCUCGGCAUCCUGAAGGGUGUCGCGGUGGCUCGUGUCGUCAAGUGUCUUUCCGCCUACGGCCUGCCUACCUCUAUGAAGGACUCCCGUGUCCGUAAGUUGACCGCUGGCAAGCACUGCUCCGUGGAUCAGCUGCUGUUCAACAUGGCAUUGGACAAGAAGAACGACGGCCCCAAGAAGAAGGUCGUCCUUCUGUCAGCAAUUGGCCGCACCCACGAGCCCAAGGCCAGUGUCGUCUCCAACUCCGACAUCGCUGUUGUCCUCGCUCCCAGUGUGGAGGUCCACCCCGGAGUCCCCAAGACUCUCAAUGUCACUUGCGCACCUCCCGGCUCUAAGAGUAUCUCCAACCGUGCUCUUGUGCUUGCUGCGCUCGGUUCCGGAACUUGCCGCAUCAAGAACCUCCUGCACUCCGAUGAUACCGAGGUCAUGCUGAACGCCUUAGAGCGCCUUGGCGCCGCUACCUUCUCCUGGGAGGAGGAAGGUGAAGUCCUCGUUGUUAACGGUAAGGGUGGAAAGAUCGUCGCGAGCCCCGAACAAUUGUACUUGGGUAACGCCGGAACCGCUUCUCGUUUCCUUACUACUGUGGCCACACUUGCUACCCCCAGCAGUGUCGACCAUAGCAUCUUGACUGGUAACAACCGCAUGAAGCAAAGACCCAUUGGUGAUCUUGUUGACGCUUUGACCGUCAACGGUGCCGGUGUUGAAUACGUGGAGAGCAAGGGCAGUCUUCCCCUGAAGAUUGCUGCUUCUGGAGGUUUCGCGGGAGGCAAGAUCAACCUUGCCGCCAAGGUCUCCUCCCAGUACGUUUCUUCCCUGCUCAUGUGUGCUCCUUACGCCAAGGAGCCCGUGACUCUGAAGCUUGUUGGUGGCAAGCCCAUCUCUCAACCCUACAUUGACAUGACCACUGCCAUGAUGAGAUCUUUCGGCAUCGAUGUGAAGAAGUCUGAGACCGAGGAGCACACCUACCACAUCCCCCAGGCUAGCUACGUCAACCCGCCCGAAUACGUUGUGGAGAGCGAUGCUAGCUCCGCAACCUAUCCUCUGGCCAUUGCUGCUGUCACUGGCACCACCUGCACCGUCCCCAACAUUGGCUCCAAGUCUUUGCAGGGCGAUGCGCGCUUCGCGGUCGACGUUCUGCGACCCAUGGGCUGCUCUGUCGUCCAGACCGACCACUCUACCACCGUCACCGGUCCUUCUGACGGUGUCCUCCAGCCUUUGUCCAACGUUGACAUGGAGCCCAUGACUGAUGCUUUCCUCACUGCCUCCGUGCUCGCGGCUGUUGCCCGCGGCAAGGAUUCCAACCACACUACCCGCAUCUACGGUAUUGCCAACCAGCGUGUCAAGGAGUGCAACCGUAUCAAGGCCAUGAAGGACGAGCUUGCCAAGUUCGGAGUGAUCUGCCGUGAGCAUGACGACGGCCUCGAGAUUGACGGCAUUGACCGCUCGACUCUGCGCCAGCCCUCCGGUGGUGUCUACUGUUACGAUGACCACCGUGUUGCUUUCAGUUUCAGCGUUCUGUCUCUGGUUGCCCCCACAUCUACUCUCAUUCUUGAGAAGGAAUGUGUCGGUAAGACAUGGCCAGGCUGGUGGGAUUCCCUCAAGCAGAUGUUCGGUGUCAGCCUUGAUGGUAAGGAGCUGAAGGAAGAGGAGCAUGCUUCCUCAACCCAUGCUGAACGUAGCAGCGCUUCGGUCUUCAUCAUUGGCAUGCGCGGUGCUGGCAAGACUACCACCGGCAACUGGGUUGCCAAGGCUCUUGACCGUAAGUUUGUGGACCUUGACACCGAGCUCGAGACUAGCGAGGGUAUCACUAUCCCCGAAAUUAUCAAGACUCGCGGCUGGGAAUCUUUCCGUGACUCCGAGUUGGCUGUCCUCAAGCGCUGCAUGAAGGACCGCCCCACCGGCUAUGUCUUCGCCUGCGGUGGUGGUGUCGUUGAGAUGCCAGAGGCCCGCAAGCUGCUCUCGGACUACCACAAGAACAAGGGCAACGUCCUCCUCAUCAUGCGCGAUAUCAAGCUGGUGAUGGACUUCCUCAACAUUGAUAAGACUCGCCCCGCCUAUGUCGAGGACAUGAUGGGCGUGUGGCUACGACGCAAGCCUUGGUUCCAGGAGUGCAGCAACAUUCAGUACUUCAGCCCGCACUCUAGCUCAUCAGAGCUUGCGCUUGCUUCCGAGGACUUCAACCGCUUUGUGAAGAUGGUCACUGGCCACGUGGACAGCCUGAAUGCUAUUAAGAAGAAGAAGCACAGCUUCUUCGUCUCACUGACCCUGCCCGAUCUCCGCCCAGCUCGUGAGAUCAUUACCGAGGCCUGCGUCGGCUCCGAUGCCGUGGAGUUGCGCGUCGACCUGCUCAAGGACCCAUCCGUCGAGGGUGAUAUUCCCUCAGUCGACUACGUCGCCGAGCAAAUGUCUCUUCUCCGUCGCAGCACCUCUCUGCCGCUCAUUUUCACUAUUCGCACUAAGAGUCAAGGUGGUCUCUUCCCUGACACAGCUCAUGAUGAGGCUCUGGCACUCUACAGAUUGGCAUUCCGUUCUGGGUGUGAAUUCGUGGAUCUCGAGAUCGCAUUCCCAGAUCAGCUCCUCCAAACUGUCACUGAGAUGAAGGGUCACUCCAAGAUCAUUGCCUCGCACCAUGAUCCCAAGGGAACCCUUUCUUGGUCUAACAUGUCUUGGAUCUCGUCGUACAACCGUGCUCUGGAGUACGGUGACGUGAUCAAGCUCGUCGGCGUUGCCAAGACCCUCGAUGAUAACACUGCUCUGCGCAAGUUCAAGACUUGGGCCGAGGAAGCCCACGAGACCCCCUUGAUCGCCAUCAACAUGGGUGACACUGGCCAGCUCAGCCGUAUCCUGAACGGCUUCAUGACCCCCGUCUCUCACCCCAGCCUCCCCUUCAAGGCCGCCCCCGGCCAGCUCUCCGCCACCGAGAUCCGUCGCGGUCUCUCGCUGAUGGGCGAGAUCAAGGCCAAGAAGUUCGCCAUCUUCGGCUCCCCCGUCUCUGCCUCCCGCUCUCCAGCCCUCCACAACACCCUCUUCGGCACAAUGGGUCUCCCCUACGAAUACACUCGUAUGGAGACCACCAACGCCGAAGACGUUAAGGACUUCAUCCGCGCCCCCGACUUCGGUGGUGCAUCCGUGACCAUCCCCCUUAAGCUUGACAUCAUGCCUCUUCUCGACGAAGUCGCCCAAGAAGCCGAGAUCAUCGGCGCCGUCAACACCAUCGUCCCCGUUCCCAACGGCGACAAGCCCCGUCUCGUCGGCUACAACACCGACUGGCAAGGCAUGGUCCGCUGCAUGCGCAAUGGUGGAGUCUACGGCUCAAGCGGCAAUGAGAGCGCCGUCGUAAUCGGCGGCGGCGGUACCGCCCGCGCCGCCAUCUUCGCCCUCCACAACAUGGGCUUCUCGCCCAUCUACGUGAUCGGCCGCUCCGCCGCCAAGCUCGAAAGCAUGGUCUCCACCUUCCCAACCAACUACAACAUCCGCGUUGUCGACAACUCUAGCCAGCUCGAGUCUAUUCCCCAGGUUGCUAUCGGAACCAUCCCCGCUGACCAGCCUAUCGACGCCGGCAUGCGCGAAACCCUCUGCCACAUGUUUGAGCGCGCUCAGGAGAUUGAUGGUACCCUUGUUGGCAAGCCUUCUGAGGCUAAGCCUCGGGUUCUGCUGGAGAUGGCUUACAAGCCUGCUGUUACGGCCUUGAUGCAGCUUGCUUCUGAUGCGGGAUGGAACACUAUUCCUGGUUUGGAAGUUCUUGUUGGUCAGGGUGUGCACCAGUUCGUUCACUGGACUGGUAUCACCCCCCUUUACCACGAGGCACGGGCUGCUGUUAUGGGCACUGAGUCCUCGUGA